CUUGAGUCGCUAGCUUAUACCUUGGUAUUUCUUCUUAAAGGAAAACAUCCUUGGCAGGGCUACGUUGUGAGUUAAUUUCAGUUUCCAUUUUACAUUUCCAGUUGAAACAUCUUAUUUUGCUGACCUUCUUUUUUUUUAAUGCUUUGGUAAAUUCUUGAGAUGCAGGGGUGACAAUAAAGGGUUCCUUGUCUGUAAGAGAAAGAUGGAAACUUUCUCUGACACAUUAUGCUGCUUGUGCCCUCCUCCUUUUCAAAAAUUUCUUGAGAUGGUGACCAACAUGAGAUUCGAUGAAGAACCCAAUUAUUCAAAGCUUAUUUCUCUUUUUGAUGGCAGCAUAGCUCUUAAUGCGUCUCUGCGGCCAAUCAGAACUGAUGGGGUACCUAAGUUUGGUCAAAAAAGAGGAAGAUCACUUGUGGAGUUAGAAGAUGGUGGGCAGCCUAGGAAGAACGUUCGAUCAGGUAGUCCAGUCUCUCAGUGGAUCUCAGUAUUUAAUUACAGAUCAGCAAUGAAGCAGAGGUAGUUGAUGUAGCUCUCCGUCUCUUUUUCUAUUUUUCAUUAUCUUUUUCUUUGUGUCCUUUCAUAUUUUAUGUUUUCAAGAUAUUGGCAUGCUA